CCGACACCGGCAAUCUGUACGGGGAGGAGCCUUCCGUAACGCAGUGUGGUGGGAUUGUAGCAACGCCAGCGCUUUCAUGCAGCACUCGGCGCAGCCAUAGAACGACACCGGGGGGGGGGACAAACCGGGCAAUCGAAACGACAGGAGGAACCCGAACUCGGGAUGCCAGCUGACUGACGCACAAUCCCCCGUCAGCACACUGCUGCAGUCUAAAAAUCCUUAUCCAAAACGCAAGUCACCCAGUCGGGAGAUUUAUCGGCUCUCGAUAAUUAACAGACCUGCAAAUACGCACUGGGUUUCAUUUGACUUUUAUCGCUGGUAUGCUCUCUUCGCGCCCGUGCUUAUACCAACGUCAGUUUUGUUGGUUCGUUUUAUAGCGUUGCUGUAGCCGCUUUUAUAGAUAUAUUUGAAGUUUAUGAUGUCGUCCUUUUACACCGAGCGAGCAGCGGAAGUCUAACCCGGUCAGGUUAGUUGCACCUUGCGCGAAGCCGCUGCUUCUGCUCACGUGGGCGCCCCCCGGAGCACCACGGCCAGGAAUUGCUUAGUUCUAUAGUUUUUAAUCAUUUCUGUGGUAUCCUUGGAGACAGGUUUUUUUUCUCCGACGUGCAACCUGCCGCGUGCUCGAACCCUCUGCUCACGUUGCUGGUUCAGGACCAUGGGCACGCAUUUGUCUGCUAAGUAACGAUAUCAUAAAUGGAUGAAGAUACCGACACCCGUAAAAUCAACAGCAGCUUCCUUCGCGACCACAACUAUGCAACCGAAGCUGACAUCAUAUCCACGGUUGAGUUCAACCACACGGGGGAGCUGUUGGCCACGGGGGACAAGGGGGGACGAGUGGUGGUCUUCCAGAGAGAGCAAGAGAGUAAGAAUCAGCCACAGAGGAGAGGGGAGUACAACGUUUACAGCACCUUUCAAAGCCAUGAGCCGGAGUUCGACUACCUGAAGAGCCUUGAAAUCGAGGAGAAGAUCAACAAGAUCCGCUGGCUGCCGCAGCAGAACGCCGCCUACUUCCUACUCUCCACCAAUGAUAAGACGGUGAAGCUUUGGAAGAUCAGUGAACGGGACAAGAGGCCGGAGGGGUACAACCUGAAGGACGAUGAGGGGCGAUUCCGUGACCCCACCACCAUCACAGCGCUGCGGGUUCCGGUUCUGCGGCCGAUGGACCUCAUGGUGGAGGCAGUCCCCAGGCGGGUCUUCUGCAACGCCCACACCUACCACAUCAACUCCAUCUCGGUCAACAGUGACUACGAGACGUACAUGUCCACCGACGACCUGAGGAUCAACCUGUGGAACCUGGAGAUCACAAACCGCAGCUUCAACAUCGUAGACAUCAAACCCGCCAACAUGGAGGAGCUGACGGAGGUGAUCACAGCAGCUGAGUUCCACCCAAACCACUGCAACACCUUCGUCUACAGCAGCAGCAAGGGCUCCAUCCGGCUAUGCGACAUGAGGGCGUCCGCGCUCUGUGACAACCACUCCAAGUUCUUCGAGGAGCCCGAGGACCCGAGCAACCGCUCCUUCUUCUCCGAGAUCAUCUCGUCCGUCUCGGACGUCAAGUUCAGCCACAGUGGCCGCUACCUGAUGACGCGGGACUACCUCACGGUCAAGGUGUGGGACCUCAACAUGGAGAGCAAGCCCCUCGAGACGUACCUGGUUCACGACUACCUGAGGAGCAAGCUGUGUUCACUCUAUGAGAACGACUGCAUCUUCGACAAGUUUGAAUGUGUCUGGAACGGAUCCGACAGCGUCAUCAUGACCGGCUCCUACAACAACUUCUUCCGCAUGUUCGACCGCAACACCAAGCGUGACGUGACGCUGGAGGCCUCGCGGGAGAACAGCAAGCCGCGCGCGGUGCUCAAGCCGCGCAAGGUGUGCGUGGGCGGAAAGCGCCGGAAGGACGAGAUCAGCGUGGACAGCCUGGACUUCAGCAAGAAGAUCCUGCACACCGCCUGGCACCCCUCGGAGAACAUCAUCGCCGUGGCGGCCACCAAUAACCUCUACAUAUUCCAGGACAAGGUCAACUAGGUCAACAGCGCCCUCAACGCCCCGCAAACAACACCAAGACACUGAGGCGCUCACCGAGUUAGGAAGACUUUUCUCCCCCGACCCCCACAUCGGCUCCCUCCCCCCCACACCCCCCCAGCAAUAUUUAGGAUAUCCUCCCCUGAUGUCAGGACUGUGGAUCUGUCUGUGGGACGGGCGGGGCCAGCGCUGGGAGAAGAGAGUAUUAUUUUUUUACUUUCACGAAGAGGUGGGGCGGUCAUUUGGAAUGAGGGGGAGGGGGGGGUGGGCGCAUAGAGACCCCAGUUCUGUCAAAAGGACUUCAUGUGAUGGAAUGGUCAGGCUGAUGUGGACCCCAAGUGUCCUGCAUAACCCCCCUCCCCAAACCCCCCAACCCUAUCCCAUCCCUUUAACUUUCUGUGGCAUAUUAUUUAUUUUAGCUAUUCAUUUUAAUAUAGGAAAGUUCACCAUUCAUUUGUUUCUGCACUUGAUGAAUGUUGGGAGUAUGUUACAGGAGAGGAUUAAUUAUUUUUCAAAACAUGUAGCAGUUCCUUUUUUUUUGUUCCUUUUUGAUUUGAAUUUAUUUUUAAAGAAAUGGAAAAUAUAAUAAAAUGAAAUAACCAAAA